GCUGAUUCAAACCGAUUUUUAAUUAAAUUAAAGUUCAUUGCUAAGCCGAAAUCCACAAAGACAGCACAACAUGGGCGACAGUGUGGACCUGGAGAAGUGCUUCGAGGUGGUCAGCAAUCUGGUGUCCGAGGCGGGACGGCUGAUUGCCCGGAACAAUGAGACGCGCCAGGAGUUUGUGUGCAAAAGCAACGAUAUCGAUCUGGUGACGCAGACGGACAAGGAUGUGGAGCAGCUGCUGAUGGACGGCAUCCGCCGGCAGUUUCCCGAUCACAAGUUCAUUGGCGAGGAGGAGAGCAGUGGCGAUGCUGGUGUCAACAAGCUGACCGAUGCCCCCACCUGGAUCAUCGAUCCCGUUGACGGCACCAUGAACUUUGUCCACGCCUUUCCGCACUCGUGCAUUUCAGUGGGGCUGAAGGUGAACAAGGUCACCGAGCUGGGUCUGAUCUACAAUCCCCUGCUGGAGCAGCGAUUUACGGCGCGACGCGGGCACGGCGCCUUCUACAACGGCCGCCGGAUACAUGUGAGUGGCCAGCAGGAGCUGGGAAAGGCACUCGUCACCAGCGAGUUCGGCACCACGCGCGACGAGGCCAAGAUGAAGGUCGUCAAUGAGAACUUUGAGAAGAUGGCAAAGAAGGUGCAUGGUUUUCGCGUCCUGGGCUCGGCUGCCCUCAACAUGGCCAUGGUGGCUUUGGGAGCCGCUGACGCCAACUACGAGUUCGGUAUCCACGCCUGGGACGUGUGUGCUGGCGACUUGAUUGUCCGCGAAGCUGGUGGAGUGGUGAUAGAUCCCGCUGGCGGGGACUUUGACAUCAUGUCGCGUAGGGUCCUGGCAGCAGCCACGCCCCAACUGGCGCAGGAAAUCACCAAAGUGUUGACGCAAUUCUAUCCUCUGCCCCGAGAUGACUAAGCUGGCUUAAAAACUUGAAUGUUAUUUAUUGAACGUGCACCCACUAAGUAAUGACUCUCCAUUCCGUACUGAACAACCGAAGGCAUUUGUACUAAGCACUUGUACCUAACGAAAUGAAUACCCGCUAGUCGUCGAUAUUCCAAAUAAAGAUUGUUGUGCAAACAAUACAGAAAUGUAAGCGAAAUAAGAACUAAACCCUUGAUAAACCCAAAAAUCUAACAUUUUGUAAAAGUCUCCCAUUAAAACCUGUUGUCAAAUCGGAA